UUUACCAGUCAGGCACCACAGGUCCCAACCACCACCACCCUGCCUCUACCACCACCACCACAACUCCCACCUCUACCACCACUACCGCAGCGCCCACCCAGCCAUGAAGUGUACAGUCAAUCACACAGAACCCCUUCAGUCACCAGGACCAGUACUUACCCUGCAGGCAAUAUUGGCCACUGUGUACUUAGUACCAUGAUUUGGUCUUCUAAUUACCAUGAAUACUUGUAUAUCAUGUGUCUUUUCACUCUGUUUGCAGUGUUGUCCAACCAAGCAGCCAGUCCCCCGUUGGAAACCUCACAUCUUUUUCUGACAUCCAGCCAUGGAGAGUUUACCAGUCAGGCACCACAGCUCCCCACCACCACCACCCUGCCUCUACCACCACCAUCACCUCUACCACCACUACCACAGCUUCCAACGAUUUCACCUCUGCCAGCACCACCACAGCUUCCAUCGAAGUCACCUCUUUUUCGAACAUCUAGCCAUGGAGAGUUUACCAGUCAGGCACAGCAUCAUCCAUCAAAUCAGCAAAUCAGCAUCCAGCAAGAUUUUUGCAGACUUGUUCUGCAGCACCUCCGGACAAUUGAGGAGGAGGUUAAGGAGGUUAAGCAGCAGGUGGCUGCAAAUACGGCCAUUCUGCAGAAGCUAGGGGGUGCUGGUGUGGCAGACCUUUGCCUCGUCCAGGAAACCAACAUGCCCCUCAGUAACCUGGAGGAACUGGAGGAGCUGGAGAGGCAGCUUGGGUCUGACAUUGACCUGAAAAACCAACUGGUAAGUCUGGAUUUUAAAAUGUUGCAAUAUGAAUUUGAAGGCAUACAAGUCUUAACCUGGCUCUCGUGA